GAGAGUUGACCAAAAUAAUCAAAAAAGCCGAUACAUCGCUUCCGACCAGCCAGUUUCGCGGCUACUUCGCCCGCGGAUAGUCGCGGACACGUCACCGUGACACAUUAUUGUCGGUGUUCAGUUGGAUUAUAUUCCCUUAGAUAUCGGGGGCUGCACAAAAAUCUUCCACCAUGGAUCCCGAAGCAUUCUUAGACCUGGCCAACCAGGUCAUAAAACUCAAAAUGUACCCAUAUUUUGACAUAGCGCAUUCUUUGCUCUGCGCUUUAGCGGUGCGGGAAGAUUUAGGAGCUGGUGCACAGGCUUUUUCCCGCAAACAUCCGUUGUCAUGCUGGUUGUCCACUAUGCUCGUGAUCUUCGCGGGCGGCAUGGUGGCCAACGGUCUGCUUGGGGAGCCUAUCCUUGCGCCGCUCAAGAAUACGCCGCAACUAGUGAUAGGAACUAUAACCUGGUAUGUGGUGUUUUACAUGCCCUUCGACGUCGGCUACAAAGUGGCCAAAUUUCUCCCUGUAAAGGUGGCUGCUUCAGCCAUGAAGGAAAUAUAUCGAGCGAAAAAAGUAUAUGACGGUGUCAGUCAUGCUGCUAAGCUGUAUCCUAAUGCGUAUAUUAUAAUGGUUAUUGUUGGUACAUUGAAAGGAAAUGGUGCUGGAUUUACGAAGCUAGUUGAACGACUCAUACGCGGGGCGUGGACUCCUACCGCUAUGGAAACAAUGCAACCUAGCUUCUACACAAAGGCUUCUCUGGUGGCUUCCGUGAUAUUUGUACUUGACAAAAAGACCGAUUUAAUAUCUGCGCCACAUGCGCUGGUCUACUUUGGCAUCGUGAUCUUUUUCGUAUAUUUCAAGUUGUCUUCCAUUCUGUUGGGUAUACACGAUCCUUUCGUGCCAUUUGAAAAUCUAUUCUGUGCAUUAUUCAUGGGUGGUAUUUGGGACUCGCUUGCUAAGCUGCUAGGCAAAGGGCAGCCUAAGGAAGAGACGAAGGAUGCCAAAAAAACUAAUUAAACGUAAGAAAUUUUAUAAUUAUUGUUUGAUCAACUGACACCGACAAUACAAGCUGCGACGUUAUCUUUUAGUACAUCAAAUAAUUAAGAAAGUAAAAUGAAAAAAAAAUAAAAAAAAUUGCAAAACCCCAUAAAUCUUAAAAAAAUGGCACAACGACCAAAGUUCGGAUUUUAUUAUUUUUAAGUUUGACUAGUCAUAACUUUAAGUUUUUAUGUGCAUGACGGUGAAUUGUUUCUAAGUAUAAUUGUGUGCGUUUUAUAUGUUCCCAAUAUAGUAUACGGUUACUAUUUGAAAUCAAUACUUUUAGUAACUUGUAUUAAUUUCCUAAGAAAAGUCAUUCAAUAAGCUAUUUCCUGUUUAAUUACAGUGUUUCCUAUUUAUACCAAUGAUGAUUUUUAAAAUUGACAUACGAAUUAUUCGUUAAUUGUAUUACCAAAUGCGUAUUAUCUUAAUGUUUUUUUGGUAAAAAAUAUUUGCACAUGUUUCAUUUCCUUAAAAGUAUUGUGGUUUGAAAGUGUGUUUUUUAAAACAUUCGAGCGUUGUAAUUACUAUUAUUUAAGUUAAUUUAUCCGAAACGACUUGCGACUUUCCGACUUCCUUAAUUAUAUAAAUAACAAUAUAAUAAUUUUAAAACGUCAUGAAAACACUGGCUGAAUCGCAUGGGUGCUAGCGAUGAAGACCACUGGUUUCUUGAAUCGAUUUUUAAUUUAGUUGAUUUGUAUGAAUUAAAAUAUAUAAUUCAAUACCUACUUAAUCUGGUUUUAAAUUUACUUAUGUGAAGGAAGGAAUAAAAAGAUAUUUUUUAAGAA